CGUUCGGAUAUAUAAACCUGGGGAGGUUCGGAGAAGCAGCAAUCUGUCCUUGGGAGCGUCUCGUCAAGCACCUCCCCGUGUUCUCCACGUCGUCCUCCCCGACGUCAUCCACACCCCGAGGCCAUAACCUCCCCGACACAACCAUGAAGACCGUCCUGGUGUUCCUCGCUGUCCUCGUGGCCGUCGCCACCGCCGCCCCGCAGUUCUUCGGCGUCCCCGGCCUCGGAGGCGUGUCCUUCGGCUACGGCUACCCCGACUACCACCAUCACCACCACCACGGCGGCCACUACGGCGGCGGCCACUACCACCACGGUGGCCACUACGGCGGCGACUACGGCCACCACCACCACCACCACGGUGGCCACUACGGUGGCGGAGGCCACUACGGCGGCGGCGGCCACUACGGCGGUCACCACCAUCACCACCAUGGAGGCCACCACUUCUGAGCUCGACACCAGCCCAAACGCCUUCGCCAUCGCCACUGCCGGGUGACGUGGUUCAAAGCAAGGAGAAAGGACAAUCAGUGCCACUGACAGUGGAAGUGAAGUGACUCGUGCUCGCCGCAUUUUCCAGCACUUCGUCAGGAAGGCUUGCUCUGCUUGCCUUGCCGGGCAUGAGCGAACACUCCUUUGCCGACUCCGCAGCCGUGUCAACAGACGCCCCAUGUCAGGGCACUUUUCUUUUUGCGUUUAACCAUGUCACCAUUUCCAACGCCAUUGUAAUUUAUUGACCUAAUUUAUUAUUCCUGUGAAAAAGAGAAAAAUAAAUAGACUGACUGAAAACGAA